UUUAAAGCUGCACUAUGUUAUCUGUGACUAUGUGUAUUAAUGUAAAUAGAAGACAGAUAUGCUGUUAGGGAAAACAGAGGGAACAUUUUCUUUCUUAUUCAUUACUAAACAAGUGAACAAAUCUCUUUGGGGAAAGGGACUUUUGUUACUGGAUCACAGUUGCUUCAAAUUAGAAAAUUUGGCAAAUAUCAGGGAGAAGGAGUGAUAUUUUGUGCAGCAUGAAAUACGUGAUGCAAAUGAUUAUCUGCACGUUUCAGACUAGCUCUACUCUGAAAACCUAAAAGAAUUGUCAUUUUAGCUGCUGGGAAAUUAUCAUAGGAGUCACAGGAUUUCAUUUUUCCUAUGUGCAACGAUUUAUGGGACAUAGAAGGAAUUUUGUUUAUGGGAUAUUUCAUGAUAUUAUUCCAAGAUAAGGGUCGAUAAUGUUGAUUUUCCUGUACUUCACAAGCAUUGCUAUCUGUACAAGUGGACAACCAUUAAAAAAUGUACUCAAAGGAGAACAUCCAUACCAAAGAUAUAUCUGUAGCAUACCGGGAUCACCAGGUCCGCCAGGUCUUCCUGGGGCUAAUGGAGCAACAGGGCCUCAUGGACGAAUUGGACUCCCAGGAAGAGAUGGGAGAGAUGGCAGGAAAGGAGAAAAGGGUGAAAAGGGGACUCCAGGUUUACGAGGAAAAACAGGACCUCUAGGGCCAAUUGGUGAAAGGGGUGAUCAAGGAGAACCUGGGAAAAAGGGACCAGAAGGACUGUCAGGUGACAAAGGAGAACUUGGACCUGAUGGGCCAGUUGGUGCAAAGGGUAAUAAAGGACAAAGAGGAGAGACUGGAGAGCCGGGUGUGUGCAAGUGUGGGAGUAUAAUGCUUAAGUCAGCGUUCUCUGUAGGAAUCACCACUAGCUUCCCACAAGAAAGGCUUCCAAUUCUUUUUAAUAAAGUUCUCUUUAAUGAAGAAGAACAUUACAAUCCUGCCACAGGAAAGUUUAUAUGUGCCAUUCCAGGCAUUUAUUAUUUCUCCUAUGACAUCACACUUGCCGACAAACAUCUUGCGAUUACGCUAAUGCAUAAUGGUGAAAGCAAAAUAAAGACGUUUGAUGCUAAUACAGGAAAUCAUGAUGUAGCUUCAGGUUCUACACUAAUUUACUUAAAGCCAGAAGAUGAAGUUUGGCUUGAGAUAUUUUAUACAGACCAAAAUGGGCUAUUUUCAGAUCCCUCUUGGGCAGAUAGUUUGUUCUCUGGAUUUCUUUUAUAUGUGGAUACUGAUUACAUGGAUACAUUAUCUGAAGAUGAACUGUUGUGAUCUAUCAUUCAUUGGAUAUGGCGUGAAUGAUGAUUGUAUCACAAUUUAUUUUGUACUGGAAUAGCCAUGAACUGUCAAGAAAAGCCUUUUGAUGUUCUCAGGAUUUCCAUUAGUUUGACUAUUUAAUUUUUAAAACUUGAUGUGUGCCCAAUCAGACUCAAACGCCGUAAAAUACUAUUACCCAAUAAGCAAUUGGAACUUAAAGAAGAAAAACAACACGGGCAUUUUAGGACAUUGUUAUAAAAAUAUUUUUAAAUGAAAACCAUGGUUUUGAAAAACGUCACACAUUUUUAGAAGCUGCAAAAUAAAUAUAACAUUGUAAAUGGU